GUCGUCUUCCCAAGGCCAUGGCUGCUCCACCUGUGAUCAUAUCGGACCAUGAAGUAGCGCAACUGCUGCAUUACAAGGACCUGAUUCCACGCCUGGAGGAAGCUUUGGGCAAGUUUUCCAGACGGGACACCGCAGAGGUGAUUCAGCCUGUGCGCACCACCUUGCCUCUGCGGAAACAUAAUGGGUAAGCCUGGAUGUCGAAUUCAAGUCUCAUUGUUGUGGCAGCUGCAUCUUUAACUUGACUGUAUGUUGCUGUCUGCCACACUGUCACUUUCACAGCUUCAUGGGUUUGAUGCCAACGUACAUGGAGAUUGAUGGAAUCCUGAGCACAAAGCUACUUUGUUUCUACAAAAGGGAGGACGGUUCAAAUUUGCCAUCUACUCAAGCUACAGUGGUGCUGAUGGACCCCGAGUAUGGGAAUGUAAAGGCUGUAAGUAAAACGAGAGUACCUAUGGGGUGCCGUUUGUAAAGCAGCCCAUUAUAAAAACAACAGCAAGAUUUGGUCACAUUUAGCAAAACAACAGCAAGAUUUAGUCACAUUUAGCUUCAAACAGCAUUUAAAAAAGUGAUGUGAAUUUUCGGCAGUCAUUUUUUUGCGCAUUUACCACAACAUUUAAAUACUAAAACUAAAUGUUAAAUGUUAAAUCUAAAUGCUAAAUAUAAAUCUUAAAUACAUAUGUUAAAUCUAAAUGUUAAAUAUAAAUCUAAAUGUUAAAUAUAAAUCUAAAUGUUAAAUAUAAAUCUAAAUGUUAAAUCUAAAUGUUAAAUCUAAAUGUUAAAUCUAAAUGUGUUGGGCGAAACUAAAUAUUUAGCUAAUAUGCAAAUUCACGGUCGGAAACCGGAAGUGCCAAAAUAAAAGCUCCAGAAGGUCAUAUUGAUGAUUCCUGUGUCGGAGAAAACGAAUUAAAACCAAUUUAAGGGGGGAACAAAUACUUGGGGUGACGUUUCGUGUUAAUAACUACCUACAAUAGCGACAGCAACAACAAAAACUUUAUUGGAAAGACUCGAGUUUUCAGUGUCGCUUCUCCGUAUGGCGCGGACACUGUACGAACACACGCACAAACACAUGCAGGCGCACACGUCAUAAUACUCCAUGGCACCUUAUCUAUUCAUGAAGUGCUUUGGCCAUACGGGUAACGCGGACGACUGGGACGCAGGAAGCCGGGGUUCGAAACCAUGGACUGUAUAUAAGUAUAUAUGUAUAUGCUACAUAUAUGUAUCUUAUAUACAGUCUAUGGUUCGUACAGUGUCCGCGCCAUACGGAGAAGCGACACUGAAAACUCGAGUCUUUCUAAUAGUCUUCUGGAGCUUUUAUUUUGGCACUUCCGGUUUCCGACCGUGAAUUUGCAUAUUAGCUAAAUAUUUAGUUUCGCCCAACACAUUUAGAUUUAACAUUUAGAUUUAGAUUUAACAUUUAGAUUUAGAUUUAACAUUUAGAUUUAACAUAUAUAUUUAAGAUUUAUAUUUAGCAUUUAGAUUUAACAUUUAACAUUUAGUUUUAGUAUUUAAAUGUUGUUGUAAAUGCGCAAAAUAAUGACUGCCGAAAAUUCACAUCACUUUUUUAAAUGCUGUUUGAAGCUAAAUGUGACUAAAUCUUGCUGUUGUUUUGCUAAAUGUGACCAAAUCUUGCUGUUGUUUUUAUAAUGGGCUGCUUUACAAACGGCACCCCAUAAGUACCUCUGAUUCUUAAAUGUUAAAAAGCUCAAGAUAUUCUCGAGGAAGUGGGUGAGCUUUAUCAAUCUGAGCGUCUCCAUCCUGCAGGUCAUAGAUGGAAAAGUCAUCACAAGCAUGAGGACAGCUGCAGCCUCAGCCAUCUCUGCCAAGGUCUUUUUAUGUUUGAUUUUGGAAACAUCUACUUUCACUUUCUGCUCUUAAACUUUUGUUCAAAUGCUGUUACCUUUCUUUGGCUUUCUGUGGUUUUGUUUCCCAGCUGCUAAUGCGCCCUGAAGCUGAGAUUCUGGCCAUCCUGGGGACUGGCAAAGAGGCCCUGAGUCACUACAAUGUCUUCACAGAAAUAUUUUCUUUCAAAGAGGUAAUUAAAGGGAUAUUCCAGCGUAAAAUUAAUUUAGGGUCAAACACAUCAUAACACAGAGUUAUGCACCACUUCGAGAGAUGAUUGUUGCCGACCACUUGCUUGUCUAGUUGUACCAACUUUCGUAACGACCACACAAUAGCGAUACACAGCGGUCUGAGGAGCCAUAAACAAACCAUAACUAAAACGCCACUCUAUAGCCACAAAUAAUGCUCAGAACAGCACCUAACUUCAUCAUAAAUGUUCUUCCUUGAGCUGCAUCACCCCAUGCUACAAACAAGCGGCUGCUGGAAGAGAGUAGCUGAGUUGUGUUUAGUCUCUUUGCUAAAGAAAUCAGGCAAAUUUAAAAAAAUGUUUGUAGUUAUGUUUAUAGUUAGCUUCCGUAAUUAGGUUAGCACCUAACUAGGGAAGUUAGGUGCUGUUCUGAACAUUAUUUGUGGCUGUAGAGUGGUGUUUUGGUUGAGGUUUGUUAAUGGCUCCUCUGUGUUUUGCUAUCGUGCAGUCCUUACCAAAGUUGGUAUAACUAGAGAAGCAAGCAGUCGGCAACAUUCAUCUCUUGAAGGGGUGUCUAACUUUGUGUUACAGUGUGUUUGACCCUAAAUUAAUUUUACGCCGCAAUAUUCCUUUAAGACAAAAAUAUUUGAACAGUAAGUCUGAACUGAAGCCUGUUUCAUCUUGUGGUUUGGGGUGAAGUAAAAUAAUGUAAAACAUGGUCCUAUGUGAUAUGCAUGGGACUGAGAAAGAGGAACAACUCGCAUACAAAGUUGGUUUUGCAUCUUCAUUAAAUCAAAACAAACUUGUUGUUUAAAGCUCAUCUGAGAAACUUGGUUUGUGCCACCUCUGAACAAAGUAGUAUUGUGAUGCAAACAUCAUAUUCUGCUUUUAUAGACACUGUAUACAUAGAUUUGCAGAUAUUUUUGCAAAGUAGAAUGUAAAACAAAUUUAUUUUUGCUGUUCUCUGAGGUUUACUUCCUAUUAUAUUUACCCUGCUACACUGGUUUCAGACAUUUAAAAAAACAUUUUAAGAAAAGCAAACUUGAUUGCCAAUGGUUUUGUUUGUUUGAGUCAGUCAUGAAGAUGCACCUUUCAUUGUUUCAUGACCUGCUGAAAAUUUCUCACAGUAGCUUUAAUAUUUCAAAAUAAAAAACACUGCUAGGAGCUGAUUGGUUGAAUUGUCUAUUGCUAAACGGUCAAAACUUAAACCACGUUAAUGAAACUGCCGGGGGGAAAGGAUAUGAGAAGCAAGAGGUGCUUUAACAGGGGGUUGUGCAUUGACAGACUCUGGUUUUGCAUUGUGUGGUUGUUUUCUAUGGUCGCUGCUGGUUACAUGGUCAGACUCCAGUGAGUCUGAAAGUUAUUCAGAGAGGUUUAACACCUGACCUGAUUUUGUCUGUUAAAUAAGAUAGUAAUUGACUGGUCCAUGUCUCACUUAUUUUAUACAAUGAAAUAUGAAUACAUUUUAGUGUGUAGCUGAAAUCUAGUCUCUUACACACAAAUACCCACUUCAGUCCCUUUAAGUAAGCCACGAUUACUCCCUUUAAAAAGCCACUUCAGGUCGAAAUCACCAGAGAAAAAUUUCCAGAGCAGAUGAAAACUAACAGAUUGAAGAAAUAAAAAAAGGAUAUCAGAGUCAAUAAUAGACUUUGAUUUGUUGUGUGUGGACAGAGUCAAGUCAGCUGUCUUACUCUGUCUACAGAGUCCAUGCCAAGCCAUGCAGCUGAACUUUCAGUUUAGAUUACAGAAGUGACAGCAUUAUGAAUUGAUUCAACUUAAUCGUGGAUGAGAGAAAAUAACCUAAACCCCCAAAAAGUUCAACUACUGAACCAACAGAAAAACAUGUCGUUUAAAGCAACUUGUCUCUCCGCCUUGGUUUUUUUUUCACAGGUCCGUGUGUGGAGCCGCACAAGAGAAAAUGCAGAGAGGUUUUGCAAAUCUGUCAGUGGUCCGGUGACGUUGUGUGUCUCAGUGGAGGAGGCAGUGAGGGGAGCAGAUGCUAUAGUGACAGUAACCAGGUGUACAGAGCCAGUGCUGUUUGGUCAGUGGGUCAAACCAGGGGCACAUGUAGCAGGUGAGACAAAAAUAAUGGCCACACAAACAAAAUAAAUCCUGAAGUAAGUGGAACUUUUAGAUUUUUUUGGUUGAAAAUCACAGAAAAAAAAAAAAAAAACUCAUCCAUUGUUUCUUGGCAGCUGUGGGAGCCUGUAGGCCAAAUUGGCGGGAGCUGGAUGAUGUGUUGAUGAAGGGGGCUGUGGUGUAUGCUGACAGCAGGGAGGGAGCGCUGGCUGAGUCUGGUGAUGUUAUCCUUUCAGGGGUAAGUCUGUCAGGUUGAUGAGCUUUUACUCUAUUUGCAGAAUAUGUGUUGAGAAAAAUCUGUAUUGUUGAUCUAAUGUUUCAGGUUGAGGUGUUUGCAGAGAUUGGAGAUGUAGUUAAUGGGACAAAACCUGCAUACAGAGAUAAGACAACUGUGUUCAAAUCACUUGGUAAUACCUGCUUAAUGCAUGUGUUUUUUUUUCUGAUUUAUCACAUUUGCAACACUUCACAGUGUAAACUCAAUUGUUUUCUACAUAACAGGAAUGGGAAUUGAAGAUGCGGUGUCUGCCAAAUUGGUGUUGGACAAAUGGAACGCCAACCAAGCCAGCAGACGAUGAAGCUCAAACUAUGAAGUUUCAACCUGGGCCUUUAGCACACAAGCUACACACAGUUUGAUCACAGAAGAUUCACAGAACUCAAGCUAAUUUAAGAUAAUAAAAUGAAGGUUUAACACUAGUAGACUAAAUUGUUAUUUUGUCCAACUUUUUGCAUUUUUAAUCUGUCAAAAACAAUUACUCUUCUUUUACCAGAUAUAUCUUUAGAGAACAUAGAGUAUGCAUUAAGUAAACUCAGUUGUUUGGUGCUGUGGUCAAUAAUUGGAGAUAAUCAUAUUUAUUUAAUUUGCUCCUAUCAUUUUUUGAGUAGUGAUUUCAAGCCUUGGCAGCAGUGAGGGUUAAGCUACAUGCUAACAUGAGCAUGUUUAAAUGCUAUCUUUCUAUUUGUUAGGGUUCAUACUUCUACCAUCUUAAAUUUACAGCAGAUGAGAAAUUUUUUUUUUCUUUCAUUUCCGUUUCAUACGUUGGUUCUGACACUUUUGGACACCUGUUUAGUAUCAUGCUAAUACAAAGGCCUUCAACCCUUUCUGCAAAUCAGUUACCAUGUUUACCAUAGGAGUGUGUUUAGUUUGGCACGUCAACAAGAUAACUCUUUUCAGCAAGAUUGUUAGCAAGCUGAAGCUUACCCUGGGUGUUUACCAGUUAAACCGGGGAUAUGUGUCGCUCUGUGUUAUGUUACAUGUCUUACUCCCCUAUUCAUGCUACAAUCAUUCACCGAAGGUGGAGGCUGCUGUUUUAUGCCACCAUGAGCAAUUUGGGGCUCAGUGUCUUACUCAAGGGCAUUUCCACUCUAGGACCAAACUGCCCAUCCACCUGAAGACCAACUCUACUUCUGUUGAAUAGAGCAAGUAAUGGAUUAAAUGUUGUUGUGGGAAGGUUUGGCCAGCAUCUGCUUAAAAGAGCUUGUGGGGAUUUUUAUGCUUUCUUUGUAUGAUGACAAUAAAUUGUAUUGAACACUAAUGGAUAAAAAACGAGCACUUUGACAGUAACUGGAAAAAAAGUAUGGAUACUUCAUUGUCUGAACAAAAGAAUUAAAUACAACUGAGCAUUUUCA